GUUGUCACUGCCUUCCUGGUGCAACAUGGCAUUUGGACUUGGUAUUUUCUGCCUGUUACUAUGGGCAAUAACAGGUUUCUAUUGUGAGCAGUGCAGAGAAGGAGCCACAUACUCGGGUGCAGUGAUAUCUCCCAACUUAGAAACCACUAAAAUCAUGCGAGUUCCCCAUGCUAUGUCAGUGUCUGACUGCAUGGCAGCCUGUUGUGACCUCUCUGGUUGUGACUUGUCCUGGAUGUUUGAACGGCGCUGUUACAUCGUGAACUGUCAAUACAAAGAGAACUGUGAGCCUAAAAAAAUUGAAACAGUUAAGUCCUAUCUUACUUUUGUGCUGAGGCCUUCUCAGAGGCCAGCAUCGCUGCUGGGCUAUGGGCAGGUGAUUCCAAGCAUGGUCCAUUCUGUGGGACUCCAGAACGAGCCCUCGGAGGAAGUGAGUAGCCUGAAGGAGCUGUCGCUGCUGGGCAAAGAUCCCAGCCUUGAGGAGAUACCAGAGUACAUAGAUGAUUAUAAGGAAUUGGAGCAGGACCCCUUUCAGAUGGGCAUCAAACAUGAACAGAAGGAGAGCACAGAUUAUGCUGACUGGAGCCUGAUGGUAACAGGCGAAAAUGGCUUCAACUCUUCAGUGGGUGAUGAUGGAGAUAACCAGGAAGACUUGGCUGAAAAGGAGGAGGAAGCUGCUAUGGCAGAAAAUGUCCUGAAUAAAAACAUUUCUGAACUGAGCCCUGUUACUGAACGCUCCCCGGAGAGGUUGUUGCCUCUCCUAGAGGUUACGCCAUUCCCAGUGAAGACAUCAGAAGGCAAAACAGCUGCUCAGCUGCUUGUGCAACCUGACGAUGCUUUGCAAAAUGAGGUUCCUACACCUUCCCCUCCUUCAGACAACUUGGGACUCUCCUCAGCUGUGGGGGAGAAAAUCCAGGAUCCCACAACAAUCCCAGGAAAUUUCACUGAAGGUGGGACAGCGCUACUUCCAACUAGUAUUCUGCUAUCUGAGCCCAUGCAACAAUUCACGCCUUCUGCUUCUGUGGCUAAAGCAGAUGCAGUAAAAGAACUUAUCGUGUCUGCUGGAGAUAAUGUGCAAAUGAUGCUCCCCAAAAAUGAGGUUGAACUGAAUGCCUUUGUUGUCCCACCACCACCUACAGAAACAGCCUACAGCUAUGAGUGGAGCUUAAUCAGUCACCCUGCUGACUAUGGUGGUGAAAUGGAGCGCAGGCACACCCAGACCCUGAAGCUCUCUCAUUUAUCGGUGGGACUUUAUGCCUUCAAAGUGACAGUUUCUGGUGAAAAUGCCUUUGGAGAAGGUUUUGUAAAUGUCACAGUCAAACCAGCGCUCAGAGUUAACAAGCCACCUGUUGCCAUUGCUUCACCCAAAGUGCAGGAAGUUUCUUUGCCUACAACUUCUACUUUCAUUGAUGGCAGUCAAAGUGUAGAUGAUAUGAAAAUAGUGAGUUACCACUGGGAGGAAAUUAAGGGUCCUUUGCGAGAACAGAAGGCAUCUGCUGACACACCUGUCUUGCACUUGAGUAACCUGGUUCCUGGAAACUACACUUUCAGACUCACAGUAAUCGAUUCAGAUGGAGCGACCAACUCCACCGUUGCCUCUCUGACAGUCAACAAGCCAGUGGAUUAUCCACCUAUUGCCAAUGCAGGACCAAAUCAGGCAGUCACCUUGCCCCAGAACUUCAUCACACUGAAUGGAAACCAGAGCAGUGAUGAUCAUGAAAUUGUCAGCUAUGAAUGGUCCCUCAGUCCCAAAAGCAAAGGCAAAGUUGUAGCAAUGCAAGGAGUGCGGACUCCAUAUCUCCAGUUAUCUGCAAUGCAGGAGGGAGAUUAUACAUUUCAGCUGACUGUCACAGACUCGGCAAGGCAGCGGUCCACAGCAGAGGUCACGCUGAUAGUGCAGCCCGAAAAUAACAGUCCUCCAAUAGCAGUAGCUGGUCCUGACAAGGAAUUGACUUUUCCAGUAGAAAGUACUACCCUGGAUGGAAGCAGAAGCCAAGAUGACCAAGGCAUUGUCUUCUAUCAUUGGGAAAAUAUCAGUGGGCCAAGCUUUGUACGGAUGGAAAAUGGUGACCAAGCAAUAGCAACUGUAACUGGUCUUCAGGUUGGUACCUAUCGCUUCAGGCUGACAGUAAAAGAUCAACAGGGAUUAAGCAGUGCAUCUGUGCUCUCUAUUACUGUGAAGGAAGAAAACAACAGUCCACCCCAGGCACAUGCUGGUGGGAAGCAUGUUCUGGUGCUUCCCAAUAACUCUGUUACCUUGGAUGGCUCCAGGUCUGCUGAUGACCAGGGGAUUGUGUCAUAUUUGUGGAUUCGGGAUGGUCAGAGCCCAGCAGCUGGGGAUGUGAUACAUGGUUCAGACCAUGAGGCAGUACUGCAACUCACCAAUCUGGUGGAAGGAAUCUAUACUUUCCACUUGAAAGUGACGGAUGCCAAAGGAGAUUCAGAUAUUGACACCGCUACUGUUGAAGUGCGGCCUGAUCCCAAAAGAAGUGGUCUGGUGGAGCUGAUUCUGCAAGUUGGAGUGGGACAGCUGAGUGAACAGCAGAAGGACACCCUGGUGAGACAGCUGGCUGUACUGCUGAAUGUUUUGGAUUCAGAUAUCAAAGUUCAGAAGAUACAAGCCUACUCAGAUAUAAGCACGGCGGUGGUUUUCUACGUGCAGAAUGGGCAUCCUUCCAAGGUGAUCAAGGCGUCCGACGUCUCUCGGACUCUGCACGUACAGCUUUUGAAAGAGAAGGCUGACUUUCUGCUUUUUAAAGUUCUGCGUGUUGACACGGCUGCCUGUCUUUUAAAAUGUUCUGGGCAUGGACACUGUGACCCCAUAACAAAGCGUUGCAUUUGCUACCAGCUAUGGAUGGAAAAUGUCAUUCACCGUUACCUAAAUGAUGGAGAGAGCAAUUGUGAAUGGAGCAUACUCUAUGUGACUGUGUCUGCUUUUAUUUUGAUUGUGGUCACAAUAGGGCUUGCCUGGUUCUGCAUCUGCUGCUGCAAAAGCAGAAAGAGGACAAAGAUAAGAAAGAAAACAAAAUAUACCAUUCUAGAUAACAUAGAUGAGCAGGAGAGAAUGGAGCUACAACCUAAGUAUGGUAUAAAACACAGAAGUACAGAACACAACUCCAGUCUGAUGGUCUCUGAAUCAGAGUUUGACAGUGAUCAGGACACUAUCUUCAGCAGAGAAAGGAUUGAAAGGGAGAAUCCCAAAACUCUCAUGAAUGGAUGCAUCAGAAAUGGAGUUUCCUUCAACUACAGCUCCAAAGAUAGAUAACUGAAUGAGGGUAAAAGCACAGGGCACGCUGGUCCAACACAUCCAAAAAAGUUGGUCCACUGCUUUGUCCGGAAUCAAAAGCUUCCUAAAAUACUAACUAAUUGCAGAUGAAAGGGUAAAUUUGUAGCACACUGGAGGGAGGGAAAGAGAGGAUUAGAUGGACAACUAACUCCUGUUGUCACCACUAUAGGGACAAGGAAAAGCACAUUUUAUUUCUUGCAUGUUCAGUACUGAAUGUUUGUCUAAACUUCAGAAGGCCUUCUCUCCUGUGUUCAAACAGUGCGUUACUGCUACAAGAUUAGCCAGGACUGUUAUGCUACUAACAACAAUGACUUUGAGAUAUAUAAAUUGUGUCCUGUGCUCCUAUCCCUUUCUCAAAGGAGCAGUGUGAUUAUGAAGCUGACCUGAAACAGCUAAAGCCAAUAUACAUAAUUUCCCUUACAUCUGUAGAGAGGGAAUGUGUGACUACAGACUCCAUCAUUCAGUUUUCAAGGCAGGUGCACAAAGAGGGAGCAUUUUUAGUGUAUUGUAUUUAUCUCUGAGUACGUCUUGUGACUUCCUGUUGUAGGGUAGCACUCAUCAGAUGGAAAUGUCUUUGUUUUUUAAAGAAAGUUUUCAAUUUAGCAGUUGCACUUAAUCAGCUGUGAACUAAUAUGAUACAUCUGUGUCCUGCAUGAUGCAGUGUUCCCUGCGCUUGCAGAGGAAAUUCAGUGUCUUCAGGGAAGUCCAGCCUUAGGUUGCUUCUGUAAUGAUGAAGGUGCUUCUGCUCACUCUGGGGUCUGUCAUGGCCAGCGAGUAACCUGCAGCAGAGGGGCAGGGAGGAAUCAGCAUGAUGUGCCUUCUGAAAUGAUUUGAGCAUCUUAAAUAGCCUUUUGUUUAGAGAGUGCUUUCAAGGAGCUCAGAACUUUGUAAGACUUAGGCUCAGCUGAGAUGAGUUUAAAUCUGUCAGCCUUAGCUCUCAGUUAAAGCAGAAUGUGCAAGGUCUUUGCGAAGUAACAUGAUUGUGGCAAAGCACCCUAUAUGGAGCAGGAGGUUCAACACUUGUCUCCUCCACCAUGGGAACUGGGAGUGAAGAAUGUACUAGCUUGAACAUUAGAUUGCUUUUUUCCUUCUGUAGUUAUUCAGUAGGUAGGUAUGUUGGCCCAGAAGAUGUUCGCCCUUGAGGUGUUCAGAAAGGGUAGGAGUAUUUGAGUCCUGAUAUUGCUGCUCUUGCUCACGAUCUAGAUAACUUCUCUGUGGCUGGCUCGUUAGACUCUAAAGCCAUGUCCCCAGAACUGUUCUUGAAAUCCCACACUGAAGAUGCAGGUUGUAUGUAGGCCUCACUGCCUAUAGGGAUAUCUGUGGUGCUUUCUGGCCACUAUGCCAGCCUUUUCUGAGCAUCCUGACGUUGCAGGGAUGGGCUGAGCUGGAAGAAUGAUGUGUUCUGGUGGGGAAAACACAACUCUUUGGGACCAUUUCAGAGAAAAAAAAAAAAAAAGAGAGAGAGAGAACCUAUUAAUGGAGAAGGUUAGAGCAGUAUACUAUCUGUGCAGAGAUUGUGAGGAGUGAUUAGAAGGGUUGAGGGGGAGAGGGCAUAUCCAACUGCCAUCACAGGGAAUAGUUCGAUGGAGAAUUUUGUUGCUUUUCCUACCCUUUUGCGGAAAGCAGCCACAAAAGUGGUUGGAUUGAACAUCGUGGCUUUUGUGCUUCUCCUUUGUUAAUGCAAUUGUGCAAACAUGUGAAGAACUAGCGAGGUUGGAAGGAUUUGGUACUCAGAAGCUACAGCAAUGUGGCAUGCUUAUGGUUUGUAUUCACCCUGAUUUCACACCUUUGAUUCCCAAAUGCAGCCAGCAGCUGUCGUAAGUGUGUUAAUGCUGCACUGUUUAUCCUGUGCCCAGUGCUGUGCUUUACUGGAGAGCUGAGUUUGGCUACAGGAACCAUAGUGGUGGGCAGAGGCUGUGAAGAGCUAAACAUGGGAUAAAGCAAUUGUUCUCCUUGUUUUCCCAUGCCCUCUAGCAAGAUGCGGUGUAGAUGGUAUGAUUUGUUUUACUUAGAAGAAAAAAUUUAACUCUGUAUGUAGAUAUUUUUAGAAUAUUUAUUGAAAGAAAUCUACU